UCUCGUUGUUGUCGUAGCCUGAAAUCACAAGCCCUCCGGUGUCAGUGCCAGCCAGUGGCUUGCUCGAACUGGGGCGGUGGUGAUGGUGCGGGCUGCGGUGCUGCUGCUCGGAUGGCUCGGACUCGUAGUGUCGUGCCGGGCUCAGGUGGUCGCUCCCCCCACACUGAAUAUCAGCCUGGACGAGGAUCCAGAGCUGCGAUGGUUGCCUCUUACCAAAGCCUUUGACGUGGACUACCUGAAGAAAGCUGCCGCAGAGGUCAUUGACUCUACAGUCCCAAAAUGGGUGCAUCAUGCAUUGGCACCUGUUGUGACAGCCUUGGCAAAGUAUGUCCCUCAGCCAUAUGCAGGUGAGAUCCGUGGCAUGGCCUCGCACUUGGGAGGAAGCAUCGCAGACGUCAUCAUACUCAACUUUGCCUAUGAAGUAUCUGCAUUUUGCACUAGCAUCGUAGCUCAGGACAAAAAUGGGCACGUGUACCAUGGCAGGAACCUUGAUUAUCCACAUCCUGUUCUGAGGAAUCUGACCAUCAACAUAAAUUUCCUCAAGAAUGGAGAGGUGGCGUACAGUGGAACUUCAUUCGCAGGCUACGUCGGCCUGUGGACGGGACAGAGUCCUAAAAAGUUUACCGUCUCUGGCGACCAGCGAGGCACUGAACACUGGUGGAACUGGUGGAAGAAUGUGGUGUCUGCCUUCCUCUUUCGGAGGUCCCCAGUCAGUUGGCUGGUUAGGGAGACACUGGAGGAAGCAGAAAACUUCCAGGAUGCUGUGAUGCGUCUCUCCAAAAUUCCCAUAAUCACUGGGGUGUAUUACAUCGCUGGUGGGGUGCGAGCAGGGGAAGGGGCCGUCAUCACCAGAGACCGAACGGGCCCCGCUGAUAUCUGGCCACUGGAUCCCUUGAAUGGAGAAUGGUUCAGAGUGGAGACAAACUUUGACCACUGGCUUCCUCCUCCAGCCAGGGAUCAUAGGAGAGAGGCAGCCAACAAAGCACUAAAUGCUACUGGCCAAGAUCACAUCAACAUGGAGACACUUUAUCAGGUUCUGUCGCUGCCUCCAGUGUGUAACGGAAUAACUGUUUACACGACAAUAAUGAGUGCAGCAACCCCAGAGCAGUACAACACAGUUGUAAGGCCACAGGGCUGCCAACCGUCGUGACAGGCCUGGAGCAUUCAACACUGCUGCUGCAGAGCGUCCUUGCGUGCCUGAAUUUAAAAUCAUGGUUACAUGCUGAUUAUGAUCAUGUGGAGAUUACAUAAUCAAUGACAUUAGAGGGGAAUCGGACUCAAGCUUUUUUAGGGUAACAGCGCUUUUCUGCCUCUACUAAAAAAAAAAUUAAUACAUUUUGUUGCCUUAUGUACUUGCAGUUUAUAUGUCUAGCUUAAUAAAAAUGAUUACUUUAAAGGUUCAUUAAGUAACUCAUUAAGUACAUGAGACAAAUAAUCUGUGAAAAAAAUAUUGUGUUCCUCUGCCUCCCCCCGGUGCUACUAAUGGUAUUCACAAGAAUCCUGAGCAGGAACAACCUAUCAGAGCCAGGAGGAGACUCUAACGCAGCUUUCAAUCAAGUCAAUCACUGCUCAUGCAAUCGCUGCGCCUCUCCUCAACAGUGUUCAAGUUACAAGUUACAAGUUGCAAGUUACUCUCAAAAUGUAGUAUAUCACAUAUUAAAAGUUUCCUUCAUUUGAAAGUUAAGUUGCUGAAGUAGAGUAAUAGGUUACUUAUUACAUUACUUUUGUGUUACUUUAACCAAAAUGAGCUCAGAGGAACUAAUAGGCAUUUUAAAUAGAUGAAGGUCAUGUUGUUUCACAGCUGGUGAUCAAAGCACAGAAGCUCCAGUUUAUUACAGUUCAUUUCAACUGCGUGGUUACCACUUUGUGUUAGUAAUAGCGCAAUAAUAUACAACAAUGAAAUAGCCUAAACCUUUUAAAAUAAAUGAAUAGACACAGGGAGGGUCAGGCAGAGGAUCAAAGUCUGAUAAUUAUGAGAUAUGAUACAUAUGAUAUGAAAUUCAAUAGCCUAAACAAACGUUGAGGUUAGCACAACAAAUGGAGUGGCGUGCAAGUAAGUUGCUAUGAUGAGUUUAAUACACUGAACACUUGUGCGUAAGAACAGGACUGUGUGCCAGGGCUGAUCUGCAGCUGUCGAGGCUAUGAUUGGAAACACAUUCAAUAUAUACUAACAUCACCCAGAUGUGCCGAUCAUUGUGAUGUAGAAAAAUCAAACAGGAGGCCAGCUCCUUAUCUGAGCAGCUUUCAGGCAGCUUUAGGAUGCAAAAGCAAAACAGGAUACAUUGUAGGUAUGUGAAUGAAAACACACUGAAUUUGAUAACGCACAGACACACAACACACAACAACCUUCAGGGAUUCAGGGAUUUUGUAAUAACCACACAUUAUUACGGCAAUAUUCAUCUGGGCCUAUACAAAAAGUUAUGAAUGAAUUUUUAAUUUACUGUAUCAGUAUGUUGUGAGCACCCAUUUUUUAAUUAAGAGGCAAACUCUAGUUAAAAAAUGUAACUAAAUUUAAUUUUAAAAAAACCUUCACGGGGAACCUUUUUGUUGCCAUUAGCAUGUGGGAAUUACAAGUGUGUGACACAUAAAAAGCCCUGAUUGGCAGCCAGUGUGCGGAAUGGUAACAUUUAAAAGGAGAAAGUCGUGAGUGGGACAAUGGAUCGCUUUACUGUACAGAGCAUGCACAGGGGAGGUGGCUGUGCAGCGUGUGCACAAGAAGUUAUUGAAAGCUGCGUUAGAGACUCCCCCUGGCUCUGAUUCUGGCACAGCUGAUUCUUGCAAAUGCCAUUAGGAGCACUAGGAGGGGUCAGAGGAACCAGAUUUUUUUUUUCAAUUGUCUAUCUCAUGUACUGCUGCUAAUAUAUAUAGUGACAGUUUCAGCAACUAUGACAUGUAAGUAUUUGUUUAAAAUCAAAGUUAUCUGCUGUAGCUUUAAUGAUUGUGAUUAUGUGGAGUCAGCUGAAGAGGGGCUGAGUGACAGAAUUCUGAAUGACACUGAUAUACAGUAUAGGUUAAUAUAAACAUGGAUGGAAAAGCCCUUCUAUCUGACACCAGGACAAGUUCUAUGGUAAUUGUGCCUAAAGUGAAAUGUCUCUGAGAUAAACCACUUGUCUGGUUAACUUAUUUGAGUCACUUACUUUUUUUUUUUCUUCACUUGGGCUUCACAUUUGCACUUUUGUUUCAGUCAUUCCCCUGAGUGGGCACCAAAUUCACAGUCUGCCUUUUGGACACUGUUAACAGGUACUGUAUUUGUAGAGUAUAUUUUAUGUAACCAGCCAAUGAUACAC